AUGGGGUAUGAGGAGGCAAAGAGGGUUGUGGAGGAAAAGGGGGAAAUCACGGACCAGUGGGAAGAGGAAUCGAUGACGGACGGUGAAGAGUGUCUGGUGGAGGAAGGGGAGCUGACAUAUGAGGGGAAGGGGCACCGGAUUAGUCCAGACUACCUGUUCGAGCUAUUCAACUUCCCGGCAGCUGAACGGUGGCAAUACAUAGCUGCUGCAAAGGGGGAUAGAGGCCGGAUAGUUCCCGGUAGUUAUUACAGCCUUAAAAAGGAAGCCCCUAAAGUUGCCUGCCCUGCCUUCGAAGACUUGCCAGUGUCACUCAACCACGAACUAGGGACGGACCAGGAGACAGACCUAAGGAAACUGCUGGUGGACUACCGGGAGGUCUUUGCUACGGAAGCAGAACCGCUAGGGACCCACCCCACUGUCCUCCAUCAUAUUGCCACCGGGUCGGCCAAACCCAUCUCCCACAAACCAUACCGUGUGUCCCCCUCAGAACGAGCUCGGAUAGAAGAGGAGAUAGCGGCCCUCUUAGAGCAAGGAGUGAUUCGACCCUCCAACAGCCCCUGGGCCUCCCACUGCAUUGUCAUCCCGAACAGGGACUUCGGGGAUCGAGUGGUGAUCGAUUACCGGCCCCUCAAUGCAGUGACGGAAUCAGCGGACCAGUUUCCCAUGCCGAGGAUCGAUGACAUCCUCGACCGGAUGACGGGGCCCCUGUACUUCCCCGUCCUCGACGUCAAAUCGGCUUACCAUACCAACCAGGUGGCCGAGGAGGACAUCCCUAAGACCGCAUUCGUGACCUCCUCGGGCCAGUAUGAGUAUGUGCGGAUGCCUUUCGGUUUGAAAAAUGCACCUGCCACGUUCCAACGCCUCAUGACCACCAUUUUCCGCACCCAUCUUAACGCCAUCCCCUAUCUCGAUGAUAUCAUAGUAUUUUCCAACAGUUGGGAGGAGCAUUUGGAGCACCUACGGGAUGUCUUCGAACGGGUGAAGGCCAACCACCUGCUCCUCAAGCCCAACAAAUGCGAGCUGAGGUUCUACUCCACGAUCUACUCGGGGCACAUCGUGACACGGGAUGGGGUGAAGCCGGAUGCUGGAAAGGUGGAAGCGAUCAGUGCGCCGGUGGAUGUGAGAGGGGUCCGGGAGUUCCUGGGGUGCACCAGUUACUACCGGCAGUUCAUCAAAGGGUAUGCGAAGGUGGCGCAUUCCCUCACGCAACUGCUGCACAAGGACCACCCGUUUGAGUGGACAGAUGAAUCUAGGGAAGGAAGCAGCAACUCGGUUGAUGGGGAAGAAGGGGAUAGUGGUGAGGAGGAAGAUGAAGACGAGGAGUUCGGGGAUGGAGAGGGUGAUGAGGAAUCGGGGGAAGAGGGCGAUGAAGCAAAUGGAUCCGGGGAUGAAGAUGGCGAGGACGAAGGAGAGGAUAAGGAGGAGGAGGAGGAGACGGACAAGGAAGAUGAGGAGAUGGUGGCCCCAGGAGUAGGAGGGCAAGAGAAUGACCCUAAAGGGUCCGAGGAGAGGAAGCCGUCACUGCCAAUGACGCAGCCUCUCAAAAAGGUCAGACGGGAUUAG